CCGCGAUGGAUGCCCCCGAGAGACGAAGGGUGCAAGGUGAUGGUGGGCACGAUGGAUGCCCCCAAGAGGCGAAAUUCUGUACAGCUUGGCAGUGGAUUCCUGCUGCUCCCCGGGGCUGGGUGGGCUGAUGGAGGAGGAGGAGGAGGAGGAGGAUUCCUGCUGCUCCCCGGGGCUGGGUGGGCUGAUGGAGGAGGAGGAGGAAGAGGAAGAGGAGGAGGAGGAGGAGGAGGAGGCGUGGGACUGGGGGUCCUUCACAAAGCCAGUGAAAUAGGUGGAGGUGUAGGAGUAGGUGGAGGUGUAGGAGGAGUAGGAGUAGGCAGAGGAGGAGGAGGAGGAGGAGGAGGAGGAGGAGGAAUGAUGGGAACGGUAGGUGGUGAAGUGGUAGAAGCGUAUUUGAGAAUGAAUUGGUCUUGGCGAUGGAGACGACGGGGGGAAGGAGGAGAGUACUCAGGUCAUCAUCUUGCACGAUCCCCUUCCAUGAACUCGAGGCCUUGGCAUGCGCGUCUGCUCCACCCUCGAGUGCUAAUGAACUUGUUGUUGGCAGUAAUUCUGUACGGAUGUAUGAUCAUCGCGGCAAAGCUUUGGGUGUUCACACCUGCACAGCCGGAAUUUGCAAGUGAGCUGAGAACGCCGUUUUCGCCGAACCUGAGAGGGGUGCCACAGCAUCCUGCCCCGAGGAUUCCCAAGCGACGUGCCAUUUUCAACCUGCGUCAAUUUGGUGGAAAGGGUGACGGCAAGACGCUGAACACGGCCGCCUUUCAGAAAGCAAUGUACGCUGUGAGCAAGACAAAGGGCGGCGGUGUGGUCUAUGUACCACAGGGAAGAUGGUUGACUGGUUCAUUCAACCUCACAAAUCAUGUGACGCUCUUCAUUUCAAAAAGAGCGACCAUUUUAGGAAGUCAGGAUGAAGAUGACUACCCACUUAUCCAGCCUCUCCCUUCUUAUGGCCGGAGCCGCGAAAGACCUGGACCAAGGCACUCUAGCCUUAUCCAUGGGGAGAAUCUGCAAGAUGUAGCUAUCACAGGAAAGGGAACGAUCGACGGACAGGGUCAUCUAUGGUGGUCGCGGUUCGAGAGGCGGGAGCUUCGCUAUAGCCGAGGUUGCCUGAUCGAGCUCCAAUGGACAGACGGGAUCAUCAUCUCAGGACUCACUCUCAAGAAUUCUCCGUUCUGGACCAUCCAUCCCGUGUACUGUUCGCAUGUAUAUAUUCAUGGCUUGAAGAUCUUCUCACCCAGUGAAAGGGCACAUAAUGCGGAUGGCAUCGACCCAGACUCCUGUGACGAUGUCCUGAUCCAAGACUGCUACAUCAGCACAGGCGAUGAUGCUAUAGCAGUUAAGAGUGGAUGGAAUCAAGCUGGCCUCGCGUACAACCGCCCUUGCAAGAACAUCGUCAUUCAAUCUAUUGUCAUCGAUGCCAGUCAUGGCGUAUCCAUAGGGAGCGAAAUCUCCGGUGGGGUGAGCAAUGUUAGCGUGGAGCAUGUGCGCAUCUCCGGCGCACAGCAGGGUUUACGGAUCAAAGUGGCAAAGGGACGUGGAGGGUACGUGCGCAAUGUGAGCUUCCGCGAUGUGUGGAUGCUGAACACGAAGAGAUCGGGAAUCGAAAUCAACGGCAACUACUCGCGAGGAAUCGUGCAUGCGGACGAUGACAGGUUCGACCCAACCUUGACGACGGAGGUGUCGCACAUACAAAUAUCGCAAGUAAAUGGGCUUGGCCUGAAUGACACUGCAAUCCGGUUGAUCGGAUUUCCUGAAAAGCAUUUCACUCAUCUAGAAUUCGAGGAUGUGUUUGUCGGUGUUUCCAACAAUAGUUCCCCAUUUCUCUGUUCGUACAUUCAUGGUACGGCUAAGAAUGUAACUCCUACCCCUUGUAAUGACCUUGACAUUCUGAACUAGAUAUUCAAAUGUUGGAAUUGUGAAAAUUUGUAAUUUGUCGUCGUCUUCUUAGAUUUAAAAUUUAACAGCUGAU